ACCGGCUGUACUAGAAGCAAUCACUCACUCACUUCAGAGAAAAUGGCUUUCGGAGGUCUGUGUCAAGGCUGCUGUCGGUGCCCCAGAUGUUCUUGGAGACUGUAAGCCUUCUUUCACCUUCUCUCAUUGCUACUUGUAUGAAUUUUUGUUUGCAUGAUUGAGGGUUUCGGUUCCCCGGUCCGUUCUCACACAGGGUUCUCCUCACCUUGGAGGAGAAGAAAAUCCCCUAUAAGAUGCACCUCAUCAAUGUCAGUGACAAACCCCAAUGGUUCUUGGAGAUAAGUCCAGAAGGAAAGGUGCCUGUGGUGAAGUUUGAUGACAAAUGGGUGCCUGACUCUGAUGUUAUUGUUGGAAUUCUUGAAGAGAAGUACCCUGAGCCUUCUCUCGUCACUCCACCUGAAUUUGCCUCUCUAGGAUCAAAAAUAUUUGGAGCUUUUGUUAAGUUUGUCAAGAGCAAGGAACCCAACGAUGGGUCUGAGCAGGCUUUGCUAGAUGAACUGAAGGCCUUGGAUGAUCAUCUCAAGGGACAUGUAAGUGACUAUAAAUUUGAAGCAGCAAAACUGUUCUUGGAGAUAAGUCCAGAAGGAAAGGUGCCUGUGGUGAAGUUUGAUGACAAAUGGGUGCCUGACUCUGAUGUUAUUGUUGGAAUUCUUGAAGAGAAGUACCCUGAGCCUUCUCUCGUCACUCCACCUGAAUUUGCCUCUCUAGGAUAAAAAAUAUUUGGUGCUUUUGUUAAGUUUGUCAAGAGCAAGGAACCCAACGAUGGGUCUGAGCAGGCUUUGCUAGAUGAACUGAAGGCCUUGGAUGAUCAUCUCAAGGGACAUGUAAGUGACUAUAAAUUUGAAGCAGCAAA